UUUUAUAAUAAGCGCGUGUCGAAGGAACGCUCUAAUCGAAAAAAAAUAAUAAUAAAAAGGGCGAUACAUGUUUUUUAGAGGUUUGGAAUCGCUACCAAAAGUACCACACUACUACCAUCAACUUGCAGCUUUACUUACAGAAAUAAAAAAAUGUUUCCUGUCAAGAGCCUCUUGUUCCUCACUUUGAUUACCCUCGUCGCCAUUGUUAACGGUGCCGCUAUGCCUGUUGAAAAGCGCUGCAAGGCUGCUGGUAAUGUCUGCAACCCUGGUGGCGCUGGAGAGGCAUGCUGCAGUAACAUCUGCCUUCCUCAAGGAGCAAACACUGCUAUUGGAACUUGUGCUGCCUCUGCCUAAACAGCCGAACCCUUGCUACUGUGGGCUGCACCAAAAACAGAGCAAUUGAGACGACCAUGUUCUUUCUCCUUUUGUUUCUCAUUCAACCCCGUCAAGAAUCAUCUUAUGUUGCUAAAUAUGUAUCGCUGCACUGACGGUGUCAAUAAUAAUAAAAAAAGUGUUAUGAAACAAAUGGC